AUGUUCCUGAGGUACGAAGUGUUUGGCGUUGUUAUGCAUGGCAUAGUCAUGGGCACAUUACCGAAUUUGGGAACCAAAUUUUUAAAUCAAGCGUUGUACACUUUCUUCCUCUCACGUCCACCAAACUAUGCCUACGGACCAUUUUAUGCCUACAACAAUUGUUGUCGGUCACUCAUCAAUGCAGAGUUUUUUGUAUCGCCUUUCAAAGAUGCGCAAUUGACUUUUACAUUUCUUCAACCCGCUUCCUUUGGCACCAAGUUUACACUUCCCUUACUUAUGAAUGCAGUCCAACAAGAAUUCUCUGCAGCACUCUCGAAUAUAUCGGCUCGAAAACAUACAAAUACGCCAUUCAAAGAUCCUGCUUUACGGUCACGAAGUAGUUUUUCAUCAGAUAAUAUGGUAGUCGACCUUGUUACGGAGUCUCAUGGCAAGAAGGUGAAGUCGUAUUUGGCUUUCGUUCUAAGAUUCCAAUCGUUACAACGUUUUUCCUAUGGGGUUCUUCGAAGACACCCGCGAUUCGAUGUGGGGCUCAUUUCAUUCUCCGAUAGAGCAUCUCAACAAAAGCAGCAGUUAACGGUCGCCGUGUGCUACAAACCGAAUUCUUGGUCUUUCAUCAAAUUUUGUCUCACACGGGAUGGGUUCUUCGCCUGGAAUUAUGGAUUUACUCUCACCAACGGAGUUGUAACGACGGUCGGUUUCUCCUCCAACCUCGGACCGGAUGCAGCUUGUACGAAGUUCAACGCCUCGGUCAGUAUUGCCGCUUGA